GAUGGCUUUUAUCGUUCAUAUCAUCAUCAUAUUCGCUCCACUUGACAAAUCGCAUCGAUAUCGUAUCUAUAGAUACCACCAGCUGAUGUCCCUUUUGAUCACUUGAUCAAAGUGGUAUACGGGGAAGGACAGAUCGAGUUUGUCCACCCAAAUGGCUUCUGUUACUGCAUCAGCUACAUCGUCUUCGAGGCUGAAUCCAUCUGCAAGUACAGGUACUAAUGGCAAUGCAAGCGCAAACGAAUAUCUGGAUGAAGCGGUAGAGUCGGUCAAUCGACAGAUCGAUGUAGACAUUCGAGCAAUCUUGGAUGCAUUCAAUGCAUUGAUCAAUCUGAGUAGUAUUCGUGAUAAGGAUCGCUUUCGAAUCGCACAAGAGAAGUUUGAAGCAGAGGCACGAGCAGACACAAUGGUACGAUCAGCACAAUCGCUCACAUUACUCAGUCAUGCUUUGAAGCUGUCAUUGCUAUUAUCGCAAGAACCCAUCCAAUGCGAAGAAGAAGUGGAAAGCAAGCAAGAAGGAUCAAAGAACGGGCAGACUUUGGAUGAUGAAGCGAUUGCAUUAAUACACAGUACUGCCAAAUCCAAAGAAGAAUGUGCUCGGUAUAUAGAGGAGAUACUGGGCAAGAACACUGGUUGAUGAGUAUGCCUUUUUCUCUCUCUAAUUGUCACUAUACUCAAUUGUAUCAUAUGUCAAUCAUCCAUUAAUGAUCAUGGUAUACCCUCUUAGUCUUUGUGGCUUUAGGCGUUCAUUGGUUGUAUGCCAACACGGCGAUUUUCCUAACAAAAAAGGUUCCGAUCUGACUUGCAAUCUAAGAGUUGUGGCAUGGAAAGCACCGUACCGAUUAAUCGUGUGUGUGUGCGCAGAGCAGCGCGCUUACGUGUUGUUGCAACUUUGCCAGAGUCCACUUUUUAGUCUGGCAAUGCGUGCGCGGCGAAGCACUCACAAAGGCAG